CUUGUUAUAGACCCAGUCUGGAUAGUCAUACGAUUUUUGGGUUAUCACUCUAACAAAACCUACAUUGAAACCUACGGUAGGAGUAUAGAUUAUCUAUGGAUCCACACUACUGUGGCAACAACAUUUAACUUAUGCUGUGUUAGCCUGGACAGGUACGUAGCCAUCAUUCAUCCUCUGCGCUACCACGAUUUUCUCACCAACAGAAGAUGUUAUUUACUGAUAGCUAGUAUAUGGUUUAUGUCCCUUGUCUCACCUUGCUCAAGGUUCAUGGUUCAGGAUAUUACAGCUUUAUCAACAUUGUAUUUAUCAUUUACAGUUAUGACAAUAUUAUUUCCUAUGUCUAUUAUCGUGUUCUGUUCUCUUCGAAUUUUAAAAGCCGCCUUAGCGCAUAACAAUAGCAUAAACCCGACGAGCAGCUGUGAGCAGAAUCAAUACGUUAUUAGAAGAACUAAAAAGAACUACAAGGCUGCUAAAACAGUUUGUAUCAUAGUGGGGCUAUUUGUGGUUUCCUGGUUGCCAAGUCUCAUUACCGGUUUUGUACAUUACUUCAAUACCAAAGGGUCUCAUAACGAAAAUUAUUACACUGUGUGGACAUUUGUUGAAACAACAGCGUUUACCUCAUCUGCAAUCAACCCAUGGGUGUAUUGCUUGCGAAACGACGAGUUCUAUGAAGCAUUAUCACGUACAUUUCGAUUUCUUAAAAAACGGUAA